AUGGAGAUCAGACCCAGAGCGGACACUGUCUUCUUUGACAGCGUUGCAUCACCUUCAGGCAUCAAAACACAACCAUGUGUGAUGCAGCUCCAGCCUGUGCUCACAGCCUGGUUUGUUUACUGUCCCCCAGCAGGGACACCAGAGUGGGAUGACCGGGUCUGCGGCCGUGACCCUGAUGACAAGAACGGGUCAUAUCGUCGGUGCCUUUCUUCCUAUCUCUCUCUCUCUCUCUCACUCACACACACACACUCAUACACACAGUAACACACAGCUUGACCCUGUUCUGUCGCCUCAGAAUGAAAGUCACGGGACUGUGCUUUGAAGAAGUGCACAGCACGGCCACUUUUGGACCAAUGAGCGCCAAGACAGAGCUCUGUGUGUGAGUAAUGAUUGACAGCAUGUCGUAUUAGUCACAGAGGUAUUAGUCAUGCUGAAUUUGUUACAUGUUCUUGUUCUGUGUCUUGUUGGUGUGAAGUGGUCUGUCUGCCUCUCAGGUUCAGGGAUUUGGUCGUGUUCGAGUGGGGGAACCUGAUGAACUUAAACGUUUCUGUAAGAAGUUUAAAGUAA